GGUUUGAAGGGCAGUCGAUGUGGCCGGCAUAAACAUGCUCUCUUGAAUUCGAAUAUACAUUGUGGUGUAAACAACUGGUCGUGUCAAUUAGAGUACCGAGGUAUGGGGCGCAAGGGCAAUCAAAUUCCUGCCGUUGUUGUGCGAGCGGAUGACUUUGCCGUUGAUGUGAUGCAAAACAGCGACGAAGGCAGGGAAGUUAGCGGCGACAAACUGGAGAGAGUAACCUGGACACGGGACAACAUUGCCAUAUUACGAGAAGUCCUACCGCUAUUGGAGAAGACUACAGAAGGGAUCGUUGUGCGGUACAAUUUUACACACUUGUCGAACAUCUUGAAGAUCGACCGGAAACACAUAUAUGGAAAGAUGAUAGAGCUCUAUCGAGGAGACGACGAGAACAUGCCAGAAGCGGAGGUGCGAGAGGUGCUGGUAAAGUCUGCGAUGGAUCCGAGAGCCGAUUCUGAGCCAGUGUCUGUAGACAGCCUGAUCAAUGUCGCUGCUGCGUCGAAGUUGCUGCACAGCAGACGUCUGCUGGGCCAGCCGAGUGGAGACGAGAGCAGUGUUGGGGAAAGUGAUGAGAGUGACGAGAGUAGCGUGGAGGAGUCUCUUUUGCAGCGGGAGAUACUUGAAAGUGACAUAUGAACGCUGUUGCGGGCGUGCCUGCUUGUUAUGGCAAGUCUACGAGCCAUUGGGCAAUCACACGCUGCGAAAGCUCCUGCUCAAUCUGGAAUGACCUGAGGCACUCCAUUCUUGGCAGCGGUGUUGGGCAGUGCAACUUUGGCAGAGGUAAUCAACAGCAGAAGGGCUUCUCUU